AUGAUUUCGCGUUGCACAUCCAGGUGGACUCCACCUGAAAUGUACAUCGUUCCCAGCGAGGGUCUCGAUGAGGCGCACUGUUUUGGGGCUAUGUGUCCUCACCCUUGCUGCUGGGAAACAGAGCACCGUAUCGGCAGGGGAAUCCAUCGCCAGCUAAGGUCCCAAACAUCAGACAAGGGCAGGCCUGCAGUCGAGGUUUCCUCCGUGGGAGGGUUCCCCACCCUCAGCGUGGUGAAUGUGUCUGAGUGGGCUCAACGCAGAAAGCAUCCUCAGGUCAAGCUGGUCUCUGAGGCCGAUAGCAAGGAAGAUGUUCCUGCCAGUCCUCUCUUGUCUUGUCAGUCCCAGAUCCUGCAGAGGAAGAGCAAUAAGAGUCACCUGUGCAGAAUGGAUGGCCACUUUCCAGAUCUCAACUCGGUUACCCUGAUUGACAGCAACCGUAAGAAGGAAGUCAAGCUUAGAACCGCCAAUAUCAGCCAGUUGACCUCCAGUGAAUCAUGUUCUCUGAUGAUGUGGAUACCUCCACAGCACACCCAAAAGUGCCUCCCCCAAACCAGGUCAAAAUCUCCUCAUUUAGCUAUGAAGGAAAUCAUUUGCCAUCCAUCCACCCCAUCAAAUAAAUCCGACAAUUUGAACAGGAAGAGUGCGAGGAAGAAGAUACACGUAAGGUUCACGCCUUUGCCGCCUCAACGAGGCAGUAGGGACGGCUCCGGCUCGGUGGACCCCACGGACACACACGCGGACGCUGACAGCCAGGGGGAGGAGUCCAGUGUGGCUCAGCUGACCCAGGAGCACGAACCUGGGGCUGUUGUCCACGGCCCCAGCCCGCGGCCCCAGCCCACGGCCCCCCUCAACCCCCGCGGCCCCAGCCCACGGCCCCCCUCCACCCCCGCGGCCUCUGGUGCCUUCCUGGUGAGGAACAAGCCCGUGGUGUUUCACUGCAGCAGCGUGAGGCUACCGAGGAGCACCAGCCAGCACAACCUUCCCGUCUACAAACUCAAACUGGACACAGAGACCGGGGUGGAUGACAUUGACUGGGAGAGGUUGAGGAGACAAACGUAUCUGUGGAAGAAACGCAACCUGCCGGCCUACUGCAACAGGGAGAGGCCCGCUCCAGCUCCCCUCAGAGGGGACAUGACAGACAGCCCGCAAGGCUUCGGCCUGUACCCUGUCCCCAACACCCCUGUCUACAACCACCCCAAAAGCAUUCUGUCCACAGGUCCGUCUUUCUGGCGCGGUACGGACAGCAUGGAUGGCAUUUGUUACAACCACGCUGGCCCUGAGCCACCAGAGUCCACCUACCACCUCUCGGACUUAUCCGACAGUGGCCUCAAGUUGUGCGACAGCCCCAGCCUCUGUCAAAACCUGGACCAAGCCCUGGAUACUGAUGGUCUCAGGGAUUUGAGCAUGAGCAGUCGAGGAAGCAUCGCUCCCCAAAACUCCAUGGUCCUCCAGGAUCCAGCUGUGGAGAACAAAUGUUCAGAAGAGGAGGGGGCUGGGUUUGGGACGGAAGGAGACGGGGGUUUGAAUCCCGGGGCUCCAGAGAAGACGAGCUCAAGCGCAGAGGACCAGGGCUCCGGGCCCUCGGCCCCCCUGCCCCGCCCAGCGCUCUGCCGUGUCAGCUCUGAGACCUGUGGAGACGGCUGAGAGACGAGGAGACACUCACCCCACAUGUCGAA